UUGACCUGGACAGAACUUGAAGACCUAAUUUACUUCUCGAGACUUCUAUUCUCAGUCUUUUUUUCCUCCUAGCUUUGAUCAUGCCCAAUCGUUCAGAAGUCGCCUAUUUCGGCGCUGGGCCAGCACCGCUUCCAACUCCUGUGAUCGAGGCGAGCGCGCAAGCAUUCGUCAACUUCAACGACACCGGCCUGUCGUUGGCAGAGCUCUCCCAUCGCUCACCAACGGCGAAUAAGAUCCUGGCCGAUGCCAAAGACGCACUUGCUGCUCUCUACGACAUACCGACAGGUGAGUAUGAUAUCAUUUUCAUGCAGGCAGGCGGGACAGGUGAAUUCAGCGCUGCCGUGCAAAACCUGGUGGGAUGCUGGAUUGAGAAGCGGCGGAGGAAGGCUGUGGCAGACCUGGGGGAGGGGAAGGAUGCGGAAGUCCUCGAACGCGUGAAGAGGGAAAUCGAGAACGAAUUGAAAGUCGACUACCUCGUGACCGGCUCAUGGUCACUCAAGGCCAGCCAAGAAGCGACAAGGCUGCUCGGUGCAAAGUUCGUCAAUGUGGCUGCCGAUGCACGAAAAAGCAACAAUGGCAAAUUCGGCAAGAUCCCGGACGAGAGUGAAUGGAAAUUGACUCCCCAAGGAAGUGCGUUCACAUAUAUGUGUGACAAUGAAACGGUCGACGGCGUGGAAUUUCCCAGUUUUCCCAAAUCCUUGGAGCAAGACAACGAACGGAUCGUGGUGGCCGACAUGUCGAGCAACUUCGUCAGCAAGAAACUCGACAUCAGGAAUUACAGCGUGAUAUUUGGCGGCGCGCAAAAGAACCUCGGCAUCACAGGCAUCACAGUGGUCAUCAUCCGCAAAUCCCUGCUCAGCCUCGUCCCUCCGCCGACAUUCCUCCACGCAUUGUCUCCUGUUAUUCCCACUUCAGGAGCUCUGCCGCCUAUAAUGUUCUCGUUCUCCACGAUCGCCGCGAACAACAGUCUCUACAACACUCUUCCCAUCUUCAACUUGUACGUUGCAACACUUGUUCUGCAAAGCCUUGUGUCCACAUAUGGCAAGGUCGAAGGGCAGGAGGAAGUGGCCAACCAGAAGGCCAAAUUGAUAUACGAUACCCUCGAUGCCCAUCCAGAUCUGUACCACGUCGUGCCCGAUAAGAGUGUCCGAAGUCGGAUGAACAUCUGCGUGCGGAUCAUUUCCGGACAAAAGUCUGACGGCGGAGUCAGCCCUGACGAGGCGAAGGAGAAGGCUUUCCUGGCCGGCGCUGAGAAGCGUGGGUUGCUCGGGCUUAAAGGACACCGGUCGGUUGGGGGUCUCAGAGCCAGCAAUUACAAUGCCGUGCCGCCGGAGAAUGUGCAGAAGCUGGUAGACUGGCUGGUCGAAUUCGCCAAAACGCAAUGAUGAGGUAGUUCACCCUAGACGAAAGAGUCAUCCUCCACGUUUCGAGUUUCCAGUCAUCUUCGUCUGCCCGCUUUAUUUCACCUCUCCUUACCUUCCUAGUGCGUGGCUUCGACGAGCGUACUCGGCUUCGAGUUGAGAAUAUGCAGAACAUAGGAGCUUAACGAACUAUUAGCAUAACCUUGCAAAGAAUCCAACAGUCACCUUCUCCGACGAUGCUGUUCCCAGGCAUAGUAGCACC